UGUGGCGGCGGCGGCUGUUGGUUUGGAAUCUUGCGUCCUUUUAAACGUUGGAAAGCGGUGACCUCGAGCUCGAGUUUCAACGGUUGUUGCCCCCUCCACCGCCCACCUAUCCCAUUGUUCACCGCGUCAUGCCCCCCAAGCCGUUGAAGAGAACAGCCGCUAGUGGCUCUGAGGAGAGCCUCUCUCCGGCCAGACAUGACCACAAAGAUACAAACUUUGUCUUACUGUGCCAAAGCCUCAAAGUGGGCGAAAAUGUGAAGGAGAGGGCUUGGAAGAUUUGGGAGUCAGUAUCAGUGCUUUUAAAUGAUAGUAUUGUAUUGGCUGCCACACGAAAGUAUUUGGGUAUCUGCAUCUUCAUUGCAGCUGUAGACUUGAAUGCAGUUUCCUUCACUCUGACAGAUUUGCAGAAAACAUUAGAUCUGAAUGUGACUGAGUUUUUGCAGUUGCUGAAGAAAAUGGAUGUGAACUUGGACACUGUUAGCACUAAAGUAAAUUCACUGGUAUUGAAACUGGAGAAGAAGUGUCUUGUUUUCACUGCACUCUUUGAAAAAUUUAAGAGGAUAUGUGAAAAGAUAUUUGUGGAGGCACCAAAUAUCCAGGCAUCAUCUGAAACUAAUAAACCAGUGGUGAAAAUCUGCUGGAUCACAUUUCUACUGGCAACAGGAAAGCUGCUACAGAUGGAAGAUGAUCUUGUGCUCUCUUUCCAGUUGUUACUUUGUGUCUUGGAGUACUUUAUCAAGAUCUCACCCCCUACAAUGAUUAAGGAACCUUACAGAGCUGCUGCGAACAGUGUAAUUUCCAGUGGCCUGUCACGAUCUUCUAGACGAAGUCAGAUCAGAAUUACACAAACAGCCAAUUCAGUUGAAGUAGACGCCAGAGUUAUGGAAAUCCUUUGUAAGGAAAAUGAGUGCAAUGUGGAAGAGGUGAAAAAUAUCUAUUCGAAGAGCUUUCUUCCUUUUUUGGAUAAUCUUAAAAUACCCUGUUCUGGUGGGUUUCCUGAGAUUGAGUCACUUUCAAGACAAUAUGAAGAGCUUUACCAUAAGAACAAAGAUUUUGAUGGAAGAUUGUUCCUUGAGCAAGACAAAACUCUGCAAAUAGAUCCAGACCAAAGAUGUGAACUUGAGAGAACGCCAAAGAAGUGGCAGACUGAAGACAGUCACACAGUCAUUCCUCCCCAAACUCCUGUCAGGACCGCAAUGAACACCAUCCAGCAGUUACAGAUGAUUUUAAAUACAGCUGAUGACAAACCUUCAAAUACACUUAAAGCAUACUUUGAUAAUUGUACAGUGAACCCUACUAAUGAUAUUAUUAGUAGAGUGGAGAAUCUGGGUCAUAAGUUUCGGGAAAGCUUUGCUCAGGCUGUUGGAGAAGGAUGGGCUGAGAUCGGCUCUCAGCGAUAUAAGCUUGGUGUACGUUUGUAUUAUAGGGUUAUGGAAUCUAUGUUGAAAUCGGAAGAAGAACGUCUCUCUGUCCAAAAUUUUAGCAAGUUGUUGAAUGAUGCUACAUUUCAUGGAUCUCUACACGCCUGUGCUGUGGAGGUGGUCAUGACCACAUAUGGAACUACUUGGAACAUAACGUUGACGGGUGACAUUCAAGCAGAGACUGACCUCUCCUUCCCGUGGAUCCUUCGUGUGUUUGAUAUAAAGGCUUAUGAGUUUUAUAAGGUUAUUGAGAGUUUUAUUAAGGCAGAACCAAAUCUAACCAGAGAGAUGAUCAAGCACCUGGAAAGAUGUGAACAUAGGAUCAUGGAGUGUAUUGCCUGGCAGACUGAUUCACCUUUGUUUGACAUACUCCGACAACAAAAAGAACAGGAAGAUCAGCCAGAUCAGCCAGAACCCACUAGUUCUCUCAAACAACCAUUCCAGCAUAACCACACUGCCGCAGACCUUUAUUUGCAUCCAGAGAGAUCCCCGCAGAAAAAAGGGUCUUGUUCAGCCCAUGAAGUUCCCACACAGCAAGCAAAGAUUGAGACACCAUCUGCUGGCCAGCCUCAGCAUAAACCUCAGAAGUUUACCUCAGUUUCUCUCUUCUACAAAAAAUUAUAUCGAUUGGCAUAUCUUCGAUUGAACACCCUCUGCAACCAUCUUUGUCUGCCAUCUGACCAUCCUCCGCUCGAAGCUAUAAUAUGGACUCUGUUUCAACAUACCUUAGGAAAUGAAUAUGAACUCAUGCGAGACAGACACUUAGACCAGAUAAUGAUGUGCUCCAUGUAUGCCAUUUGCAAGGUGAAGAACAUAGACCUUAGGUUCAAGACGAUUGUUACUGCCUACAAGGAUUUGCCAAAUACAAGUCAAGAGACUUUUAAACACGUGCUGAUCAGAGAAGGGCAGUAUGAUUCCAUUAUAGGCUUCUACAACCUGGUGUUCAUGCAGAGGCUGAAAACCAAUAUCCUGCAGUACGCUUCAACACGUCCACCAACACUCUCUCCAAUACCUCAAGUUCCUCGCAGUACAUUUGGUUUUCCAAGUUCUCCACUGCGUGUGCCUGGUGGAAAUAACAUUUAUGUAUCUCCAUUGAAAAGUCCAUACAAAAGUGACGGACUACUGUCCCCAACAAAACUGACUCCAAGAACACGGAUAUUAGUGUCUAUUGGGGAACCAUUUGGGUCACCAGAAAAAUUCCAAAAGAUCAAUCAGUUAGUGAGUUCCAGUGAUCGUCACCUGAAGAGGGCUGGAGAUGCAGGGAGUCUGCCAAAACCUCUCAAAAGGCUUCGCUUUGAUAUGGAUGGUCAAGAUGAGACGGACGGCAGCAAGCACUUGUCUGGGGAGUCCAAACUACUGCAGCAAAAGAUUGCUGAAAUGACAUCCACGAGGAAUAAGAUGCAAGAACAGAAGCUGAAAGAUGGAAAUGGUGGUAUGAAGAGGGAGGAAAGUUGAGUCCCUCAUCUAUCUCUGUAAUGUAUCUCCAGUGCAUAUGAGCAGAAUCUUCUUCAUGGUUGAUUUGCAUUCAUUCUUCCUUCCCAGAUUUUUUUUUACAUAUGGAGUUUAUUUCCUUUUACAAUCUCCAGUUAAUUAGUUUAAGUCAUUUUAGAGAAUUGUUUUGCUAAACACUAAGGCCAUAUUUUCCUCUGACUGUGAAGCUUUAUAAAAUGUUUGACUAAGUAAUAGAACAGGCCUGAUGAAAGAAGGUAUCUUGCUUUUCUGCUGAUUUUUACCACUACUAAGUGUUUCCAAAAAUGACCACUGAAGAAAUCUGAAUCUAUAGCCUCAACCAAGGGCCAUUCAGCAGACCAGAUCUGCACUGAGUAUAUUAGCUAAUCCUCAACAACAAUCCUCAAUCUUCAGCUCCAUUCACCCAUGCUUCCUUUUUCUGGCAUUUCUAAUGUGAUUUGCAUUAGUCUGCUUGUUUUAGUAUAACAUUAUUUGUUUCACGCUCAUUAUUUAAUGCAGGAACUUUUAGCAUUGCAACUUCCAUUUUUGAAUUCAAUACUUCAAUAUGUCCUUUAUUUGUAUAUAAAUACAUGGUGAUACUCUGUCCAAAUUGCAGAUCUCCUGCUGGGUCCUUGGACUUGAUUCUGUGAACAGCUACACUUUUGUAUCUAGCUGUAAAUUGAGCCUGCUCUAUUCGAAAUAAGCUUUGCAUAUAUUAAACAUGUUCAUGUGGAUCAUGUAUCAUAAUCAGUGCAGUGUAAUAUGUUUUGAGUAAUGUACAAUUAGAUGCACAGAAUGUUUGUCAGUUCCACUGUUUAAAUGCCAAGUAAGAUCUAGAAGAUGGUUGGAGUUGUAUUCAUGUUGGUAAUUUUUACAAGUUCUAAUAUCAGUUCCAUAUUAAAUGUCUGUCAUCUUGAUUGGUCUUUUUUAAAAAAUGAAAUGAAGGCAAUUAACACUUCAUUGAGGAGGAGAAUAUGGCCUUAAAUAUGUAGCAUUUGCACAAAAUAUGUGCAAUUUCAAUUUUAUUAAUGUUUUAUUUAUGUCUAAAAUUUUACUUUUACAAACUAGAAAUAAGUUUGUCUUUAGUUGAAUUGUCUUCAAACAAAUGUUCCUGUCAAUUUUGGUUCUAGUGUUGAUGUAAAUGUAAGUUUGCAAUAAGUCAUAUGAAAAAAAUCUGGCCUUUAUAUGACACUUCACAAUUUUAGGCUGUCCAAAAGCAGAUUACAUCCAAUGUACUGUAUAAUUUAAUGCAGGAAAUAUUGCAUAUAGCAAAAUCUUACCAACAGCAAUUAUAACAUUGAUCAUCUUCAGUUAUUAUGUUGGUUUGAGGGAUCAAUUUUGGCUAGGACACAAGGAGAAGUUUCUGAUCAUCUCCUCUGAAUAGGACAAUGAGAUCUUUUCCCUUCACCUGAGAGGACAGUCAGAAACUCUGACUUCAUUCAGUACUUGAGUAAGCACUGCAUAGUGCCAGACUAGCUUAUAUGCUGAAGUCUGUGGAGUGGGUCUUGAACUGGCAGUGUUCUAGCCCAAAUGUAAGAAAAAUCCUAGCCCAAUGUCAAGGCUUCUAUCUUUAAGUAUAAAUGAUUUGGCAAACUGCACUAUUGAUUUUGAUUUGUGCAUUGAAACAGUACCUAAUGUUCUUCAGAAAUAUAAACUGAUGCACUAUUUAAUUUUGCAGAGGUUAUUAUCAGCAUUAUGAAUGAAGGCGUGAAUAUUAAGCCAUUUUCUGGAACUUUGGCUUUUUUUUUACCUCAGACGUACACAACAGCCUUCACAACUGAAAUGCUGACUACUAAAUCAAAGCCUUGAAGGUCUCAAACAUUUUGAUGAACAAAUUAUGAAGUAUGAUCUGUGCUGUAUUUACAGUAAAUAGUUAAACUGCCCUAUAGACAGGCAUUAUGAAUAAUACUAACACUUAUUUGGGAUAACUGUAUUAAUGUUGGAUUGUUCGUGAUAGUUGCCUGAGAAGUUGGAAACUGUUCCUAUCUACAAAAAGCUCAAUAACAUGAAGAUAUCAGUAUUCAUUGAAUUUAAAUAGUUAAUAAAUGGAUUAAACAUCUUUCCAUCUGAGUAAAAAGGUACAGGUCUGUACUUGUUAUUUGUUCAAAAGCAAUCUAUUUGACUGCACAUUAU